AUGUCAUCUGUGAUUGUUAUAAAUUAUUCAAUUAUACUUGGUGAUAACUCUACAGAAGCUAUACUGAAUUAUGUUAAAAACAAUCGUACUUAUGAACCAUGUCAAUCUAAACUACGUGUAUUUCGUUAUUCUGAUUGGAUAUUUUGGAAGCAAAAGUUUUAUCUGUGGCAACAAGCAUGGAUCGCAAGAAUGCAUCAUAAAACUGAAUUAUUAAUGACUAACAAAAAUAUUAGUAACGAUGAUGAAUAUGAUGAGGAUGCCACUAUGGAAGAGGAAGAAUGUUAUCAAAUAGAUUCUGAAAUAAAUCGAAAUUCACUGCCAGUAAAAAAAGAUUCAAACAGGAUGGAUUAUUUAUAA